CGACGACGCAAGCAGCGGCGGCUCCUGCGCGUGCGGACUCUCUGUAUACAACAGGCGGCGGCGAAUCGACCGCAGACGAGAACAAAUCUACCCCCGGACGAGUCUCUUCAAAGUAUUUCGUGACAUCGAAUUGGGAUCUCUCCUUCGAGUUGCGUGUCCCUUUUGUGCUGUGGAAUUAUCAUCUGCGGAAUCAAAUUCCCACACCUCCAGUGAGAUUAAUCUCUCAUUCUGGGACCGGAGUUUGAGACCUAGGAGCGCGAUGUCAAACGAUAACGGAGAAGGUUCAAACUCAGUGACCGCUGUAGCUGCCGAAAUGAAUCAAGACGAGGCAAUAAUUGCACAGGAGAAAGCGAUCGAAAAAGAAAUAUCGGAGUCGAUCCCUCUCAUCGAUCAGAAGAAACCGCUCACCGGCCUCGAGAUGGAAUACGCAGCUGAUGACGCGGUGUACCAAGAAAAGCUUCGGGAUCUAGAAUCACGUUUCGGUUUCAUUCGGAAAGCUCGUCCCGACGGCAAUUGCUUCUACAGAGCCUUCGGUUUCAACUAUCUGGAAUCUAUGCUGUCAGACAGGGAUGAGCUACGGCGCUUCAAGGAUCUCUUGACCAGGAGUCGGGAGGAGCUCAUCACCCUGGGACUCUCAGAGUUCGCAGUCGAUGAUUUCCACGAGGUGUUCUGCGACGUGUUGCGUCGUUUGGAGGAGAAACCCACCAUCCUUGAACUUCACUCGAUCUUCAAUGAUAGGGCGCUAUCGGAAUACUUGGUCGUAUACCUCCGUCUGCUCACCUCGGGCCAGCUGCAGAAGGAAUGCGACUUCUUCGGAGCGUUCAUCGAGGGCCAUCGCACACUCAAAGAUUUCUGCAAGCAGGAAGUUGAACCUAUGUACAGAGAGUCGGACCACAUUCACAUUAUCGGUCUGACGCGCUGCCUGGGUAUCGGCGUCCGAGUGCUGUACAUGGACAGGGCAUCGACCGAUGGAAAGGUCAUCCAGCACACAUUCCCGGACGAUGCGACGCCAAGAGUAUUCCUGCUUUAUCGACCCGGGCACUACGACAUCUUGUACCCGAUCGGCAACGCCGAGAGCGAGCGAAAGUAAAGAGAUCGGUUGGAAUCAACCGGGACGAUCCUUCGCAUUAAGCAUAGCAUGAUUGAUUGAACGAGCGAGAGAGCGAUCGAUUGAUCGACCGAUUGAUCUGGGGAUCAAUCCCUCUUCUGAUGUACAUCUCUGAGCACGAUCGGCAAUCACAAUCUCUCUUCGACUUCAAGUCGAAACAAGGGGACCUGACAGCCGCUUCGAACAAUAGACGGGAAUGCAAGUGUUUCACUCGUGCCGAUCGCUCUCUAGCUCGGUUGAUGGUUUCACUUAGGUAAGAUCCACGAUGAGUGUGUGUAUACUUGAGCCCCGCUCCAGCUUUGUUCACUUCGGAAUGUGGUUUCUUCCUCCACGACUCCUUGAAUUCUAGAAUUGGACUCGUCAAUCCUUCCCCAUGUUCGAAGACGAGAGUUGGGUCGUUACGAUUUAUGUCGAUGAUUGUAGUUCCGGCGUCAAGGCCUCAGGGGGAGCGAACGCGUAUUGCGAAUCCUUCGACCCGAGCCC